AUGGCGAACAAUUCUUUCCGCGACUCAGUCAACUCACUGGGCUGGUCGCGCAGAGACCCGGAUUUUCCCGUCCGCACAAAUGCGUCUGCAGAAACGCCGUUUCUCUCGCGACUGCAGUCGCUGAACCCAUUCGGCCAGGGAGGCUACGUCCAACUUCCCACUCACAAUGAAGGCCCCGGCGCACCACUGCCGGCAGCAACUCGGCGAGAGGAAGAAGAGGGCUUCUUUGCCCUGAGUCGAUGGGAUCGUCUGCUCAUCUUCGGCGCCUGCAACCUGGGCGCCGCCGUCUGCUUCAUGAUCUGCUUCUUCCUCUUCCCCGUCCUCACGCUCAAGCCCCGCAAAUUCGCCAUCUUCUACUCCCCUCCACUCACUACCAAAUCCCGCACCAUGAUCCCGGUCACCUGCAAGCCCUCGCUCAGGCCAUGUGCAAGUUCGUGUGGCCGCGCACGACGUAUCCCAUUCGCCGGCUCCCCGAACUAUGCGCCCGCCUGCGCCGCAUGCCAAGCCCCGCCCUCCACGCAAGAUGCGCGCGUCCUCAAUGCAUGUUCAGCUUCGCGACACUUACUUAUUUUUUUCUCUUUGUCUAGGUGGUCUGUCGGCUCGGCCCUGUUUUUGCUAUCAUGGGCCGUCCUCAUGGGACCCUGGUCGUACGCUAAGCAUCUGGUCUCGGGAUCACGGUUACCCUUUACGGCGGCGUAUUUCGGGUCUAUUGCGCUGACGCUGUACUUUGCCAUCGGGCUGCAAAGCCUUUUCCUUACCCUCAUCUCCUCGAUCUUCCAGCUCGCCGCCCUGGUCUGGUAUCUCGUCAGCUACUUCCCCAUGGGCAGCACGGGGCUGCAGUACAUGGGCCGAUUCGGUGCCUCGCGGGUGUCGGCUUGGGUGAGUGGUUGA